AUGCCCAGUGCCGCCUCUUCCCAAGUUCAUGUCACUGGGUCACGAGAGAUGGAAUCUAAGCGAUAUGAGAGGGAACUGAGGGAAGGCAUGGAACGGACAACACACAUUAGGGAAAAUUCUGAUGAAUGUAAUGAGCAUGGCAAAGUCUUUAGAGUGUCUUCAAUCCUUGCUAACCAUGACAUGAUCCUGGAUCCAGAUAAACUUUACAAAUGUAAUGAGUGUGAACAUCUGAGAAUUCAUACUGGAGAGAAACAUUACAAAUGUACGAAAUGUGGCAAGGUCUUUAGUCACAAUUCACACCUUACAGAGUAUUGGAGAGUCCAUACUGGAGAGAAACCUUACAAAUGUAAUGAAUGUGGCAAGUUCUUUAGUCACAAUUCAAACCUUGCACAACAUCAAAGAAUUCAUACUGGAGAAAGUAAAUGUAAAAAAUGUGGCAAAGUCUUCAAGUAUGAGUUAUUCCUUAUCAGUCAUCAGAGAAUUCAUACUGGAGAUAAACUUUACAAAUGUAAUGAGUGUGGUAAAUGGAGAAAAACCUUACAAAGUAAAGAACGUGGCAAGGUCUUCAGGCAUACGUUAUCUCUAAGCAAUCAUCAGAGAAUUCAUGCUGGAGCCAGGCCUUACAAAUGUAAUGAAUGUGGCAAGGUCUUCAAUUAAAUUGCACACCUUGCAUGACAUUGGAGAACUCAUACUGGAGAGAAACAUUAUAAAUGUAAUGAAUGUGGUAAGAUCUUUAGUCUCAAUCCACACCUUACAGAACACUGGAGAAUUCAUAUGGUAGAAAAACCUUAUAGAUGUAAUGAAUGUGGCAAGAUCCACACUGGAAAGAAACCUUAUAAAUGUAAGGAAUGUGAUAAGGACUUCAGGCACAAGUUCUCCUUAACAAUUCAUCAGAGAAUUCAUACUGGAGAGAGACAUAAAUGUAAUGAAUGUGGCAAAGCCUUUAAUCAAAUUUCACAUCUUGCAAAACAUCAGAUAGUUCAUACUGGAGAGAAACCUUACAAAUGUAAUUAA